UCUACCGCUAAGUCACUCCGAUUGGCAGAAAAGCCCUUUUGCCAUGAAAGCCCAUUAAGUAUGGUCACAAUUGGGCCACGCCCAUGUGUUUAGACCCACAUAUCCAGCAGCAGUACGUAAGCCCGUUUCCCUUCUUCUGUACGAAAGGAAGAUGAAAACAGAGCAUCCUCCGCCGCCGUCCACUUCUUCCGUUUGCGCGGGUUGAUUUAGAAAUCCCCGCCGCCGCCUCGUCCACCGUGGCUCCGGCCUCACGAGCUUUUCUGACAAGGGAGAUGAGGGGCAAGCUGCCGCUUCGACACUUGCACUUCCCGAUCUGUUUCAGGCUCUAACCGUCGCCUUGGUAUUGAUGGGAAUAAACCGAUGCUGCUUAUGGUCAGGCGCCUGCUCGACCCCGUCGUCAAAUCCUCUCCAAGCCACCACCGCUGCCUCGUCACCGGGAAACCCUUCUUCAAAUCGAGAAGAUCUUCAGCUGAAGCCAUCAAGCAGGCUUCUUCCUCCUCCCCGCGCGAUGGCUUGGGGAUCUACUGCAGAAUGCACCGCCAGUUUUCAGUCAAAAAGCUCGACAGCUACGCCUUACUGUUCGUACUGAAAUCAGCGGCCACUAUGAAAGACCCACGCAUCGUUCGCCACUUCCACGCCCAUGUCGUCAGGGUAGGCUUCGGUGGCAACGUUUACAUCGCCACUUGCCUUCUCUCUGCGUAUGUAGCUGCAUCGUUUCGUGAUGCUCGCUUACUGUUCGAUGAAAUGCCUGACAGAACCGCUGUCACCUGGAACGUGAUGAUUACAGGGUAUGCGAGGUUCGGGGACGUCGAUAAGGCGCUGGACAUGUUUGAAGAGAUGCCGGAGAGGAAUGUUGAGUCUUGGUCUGCUAUGAUAACUGCUUUUGUUCAUAGUGGGCGCUGGGCAGAAGGUUUGUUUCUGUUUCGUGAGAUGAUGAUGGCGGGGAAUGAUGGACCGAUGAUUAUGCCGGAUAAGAUAACUUUGUCGACUGUUUUAUCUUGUUGCGCCCAAAUGGGUUGUCCUGGAUCAUUACUUGGGAGAUCGGUUCAUGGUUAUUUGUUGAAGAUGAAUGGGGAAAUUGACAACGUUCUUGUGGACAUGUAUGCCAAGUGUGGAGUUUUCAAGUAUGCUUGCCUUGUUUUUUCUGCAAUGAAGGAAAAGAACGUCAUAGCAUGGACUGCAUUGAUAAGUGGAGCAGCUAGGCAUGGAUGUAGUGAAGAAGCAUUAUCAUUGUUCGAGAUGAUGAAAGAAGAAGGCGUCCGACCAAAUGAGAUGACUUUCACAGGUGUUCUUCAUGCUUGUGCUCACACGGGAAUGGUGGGAGCCGGGCAAAGGUACUUCAACAUGAUUGAAGAGUAUGGUUUGGAGUAUAAGAUACAGCACUAUGGGUGCAUGGUCGACAUUUAUGGCAGGGCAGGACUAGUGGAAGAAGCUCGUGGUGUCAUCGAGAGGAUGAAACUCGAACCGAAUGCUGCUGUUUGGGGCUCGUUUCUGUCAGCUUGUAAGGAGCACAACCGGUUCGACAUGGCCGAGAAAGUGAUUGAGCAGGUGUUGGCGGUCAUAAAGCCGGAGACCGAUGGAGGGGUCUACACUCAGAUUUGUGAUUUAUUUGUUCUGGAUGAGAAAUGGGAGGAUGCUGAAAGAGUGAGGAAGCUCAUGCUUAACCAAAAUGUUAGGAAGGUCAGGGGAAGUAGCUUUGUCAGGAGUAGAGUGGACAGAGGUUAUUCCUGAAGAAAUUACAAGGAAGGAAGAACAAGUGUAGAAAGUUAGAUGGAUGAGUUGGAGCUCUUUCUGGAAGCACGAUUGACUUCCCCCCAGCUAUGUCUUUUCAGUGGUUAACUUAACUGAUGAAUACAUUUAGGCGCUGACGAAAAGUUGCAGAUCUUUCUACUGCAAAUUCUCCUGCAGACCUGUGGGCUGUAAGUGAGCACUCUGUAGCUUACUAUGUUAUCAUCUUUGCUUAUUCUCCUCCUGUAUUGGACAUUGAUACAGCCUUAGUAUUUUUGCAGCAUAAAUUUUUGUCGAUGGACACCCAAUAAUCAAUAUGGACUGGCCGGACGUGCGCCUGGCUCCCUCCCAAUGCUUGCAAGAUGUACAUAAUACUCAAGCCCGCCAAGAUGAAGGCAAGUGAUAGACUCCUAGCAUUUUGAGUAGAAAGUUCUGCUCUUAAUUCUUUGCCAUGUUUGAAUGUUGUAGGGGAGAUACUUCCCAUUUUAGAAAACGCAGAACAUUGAGCACGAACCCGAUGUAGGAAAAUAUUUGCAUGCCUGUACCCAGUUACUAGGAUUUAUUCAUUUGUUGGGAUCUCAUAUGACUUGCUUAGCUAGCUCGCUCGAGUUGUUAAGGGAUAUUCAUAUUGUAUUAUUUUCUGAUAAUGUCACAUCAAACGAAAUUCUGUACACUGAGUUUGAAGUUCACUUAGGAUCCUCUAUUCUGUCCUUAGAGCAAAAUAAUAUUAUGAGUUUGGAGGAUUUUGCUCGCACAUGCUUUUUAGUUCGUUGUAAGCUCUAAUAGCGUGUCGUUGUAUAUGUAUAGUUUGUCUUACUAAGAUUUGAGCUCAUCCCAACUGUUGAGAAUAACAGUUUGCACAAGGUUUGAAGAUUGUGCAAGUCUAUCUUACAUUAUGUGUAAGUUAACCGUUAUUAUCGAAAGCUAAGGGCAUUGAAACACAAUAACCUUUUCGUAAAAAAAUGAAUCGAGAAGCGAUAAUCAAAGAUACAAAAUCAAUCAAUAACCACUAUUAUUAUUCUGAACCACUUAAGACUCGAUUACAGGUGUGUUUUUCUAGUACAGAAGCAAAUGUGUUGUCUGUCCCAGUCGAUUUCAAAUGAUACAGAAGGAAUGAAUGAUGCUUCUUUUAUGCAUCAACUGAAAACACAGCAUGUAAUGUUCCUUAACCAAACCAACAACUGAGUUGGCUCUGUUUGCUGAAAGGGGUAGGGCCUUAUUUUUCUCGAAAAAGAUUGAAAGUUGAGGAUAUGAGACUUACGAAAACUUAUCUGAAAACACUUUCGCGUUGGUUUCAAUGACGGGAAAUCAUAAACUCGAAUUUGAAAGAAAAUCUUUCUGGAACUCUUUCAGAAGAUACAGUAGAGGAAGCUAAAAAAAAUGAAAAAUCGAACGACUAGAAUUCUACAAGCUCGCCCAAAGUUUGCUCAAAUGUUACCGAACUAAGUUUUAAAUGUGAAAAUGGAAAUCCAUGACUCCAUUAGGAUGGAUAACUAUGUGCAAAGUGGGAGCAUUGCAUUGGGGUCAAAGUCUGCUUGAUGGCCUAAGAGAACCAACAUUAAAGGCAAUUCUGCAAUCAUUAUCAUAAUACAAACUACUAACUAAUCAGUAGUUCCUCUCUUUGCUUUUUCUGCUCCAUCUGGGAUAAAAUUAACAAAUUAAUUUAAGUAUAGUGUAUGAUAAUAUACAAAUCUUAUUAUC